GCCUUUUCUCUUCAGUCUUCAACGACUCGCUAUGAAGUUAGCAUUGCCGCGACCGCUCUCUUGAAACAUGUGAGGAUGAACUGUUUUGUUAAUUACUAAUUAAUAUCGCGCGAAAAAUUAGUACUGUGCGGAAAUUUACGAACGCCAUUUCAGGAGCAGCACGAGCGCCUUGGGGCCAUGAAGAGCUAAUCACUUCGAACCGAGCAAGUGCCAAGUGAAGUGUAAAAUGUCGGCGAAGAUGGAAGCCGUGAAAUCGGAAGACAAUAACGAUCUAAUUCUGGCCAAAGCGGUGGCGAUGUGCGUCCUCGGCCUCGCGUCUUUCCUCAUCGGGAUCCUCCCGGUGAAGCUGACCAAGCUCAUCAACAUCAAAGCCGUGGACGGUGACAAGAACUUGCUGAUCUCCUUGCUGUUGUGCUUCGGGGGUGGCGUGCUGUUAUUCACGACUUUUAUCCACUUGCAACCGGAAGUGCGGGAGAGUUUCAUGCGUCUGGAGUCGCACAACAAGAUCCCCAGCAUCGGGAGCGGGGUCCCGAUGUCGGAGCUGGUGUUCUGCGUCGGCUUCUUCUUCGUGUACCUCAUCGAGGAGCUGGUGCACCUCUUCCUGCACCGCAAGCUCAACGACGACGCUCUGCACCGCUCGCUGUCCAUCCGGUGCAGCAACAAGAAGCGCAACCUGACCAUCCCCCGGGUCACCCUCAACAAGUUCGAUGACGGGAACAUCAGCUACAUCAGCAACUCCAACAAGGAGCUGCUCAACUCGCAGUCCACCAUCAACUUCGAGAGCCACUCGCACUCGCACUCGCACAUCGACGGCGCCUUGAAGAACUCCUUCAGCGGGCUGCUGGCGGUGCUGGCUUUGAGCUUCCACGCCGUUUUCGAGGGCCUUGCGGUCGGGCUCGAGGGCAGCGUCCAGAAGGUCUGGUACUUGUUCGCGGCCAUAGCCACGCACAAGUUGGUCAUUGCAUUCUGCGUGGGAGUCGAACUGGUGACCUCGAAAACCAAGCUGCUGCUAGUCGUCCUGUACAUCGGGACAUUCGCCGUUGUCACUCCUCUAGGCAUCGGGAUCGGGCUGGUGCUGAGCGAGUCUGGCAACAGCAGCGAGGACAUCACCUCGGUGGUGCUGCAGGGAAUGGCAGCGGGGACGCUCCUCUACGUCGUCUUCUUCGAGGUUCUUGCCAGAGAGCGCGGCAACAACCACAGCGGGGUUUGGCAGCUUUUGGCCAUCCUGCUGGGCUUUGCCGUCAUGUUCUGCUUGCAGAUUUUAACUGGACACGAGCACAGCCACGGCGACGCCCACUCGCACGGCCACGUGCAUCACGAACACCACGUGGAAGUUACCACUCAACAUCACCACCACCACGAGCAUCCCCAUUUAAUUUAGUUUAAUUUAUUUUUUUACUUUUUUAUAAUUGGCAAUUGAUUUUGUUUGUUAAGCGUACCUGAAAAUUACGAAUGUAGAAACCUUGGCAUUAUUUCUGUAAAUAGUGUUAAUGCCAUUAUCAUGUAAAUAUUUUAAAUGACAGCAAUAACAUUCUAAUAAUUAGGUGCCAACAAAAGCAUGCAGUACUUAUACUCUUCUUCACACAUUUUAAUUGAUACAACAUCCCGAUUCCCAUGUUUUCUCACGUUACAUAAUGAAUAAUGGAUUCAAUCAGUUCUUGUAUGUAAAUAUUGUAAAAUUAGCAAUAAAUUUGUAUAAAAAAUC